CAUUUAUUAGGGGCAUACUAUGUGCCAGGCAAUGUGCUAAGCACUGAAGAUACGAAGAACAAGCAAAUGUAUCAGGGUCCUACAAAAAGUAUUUUUUCAGAAGUAUACAGAUAGAUCACUAACAUUGUGACUUCAGAUGCAAUGCCUGAGUUAUAAACUUGUUUACCAUCAUGUGUAUUUCAAUCAUAAGGGAUUUAUUUUGUCAAGUGUUUAUCAAAAAACUAUCACUUAAAAGCAAUUACACCUUAUACAGGGAUUAAAAUGAAACAAAAUCCUUCUACCUGUCAUCUUUGAAUGGUUGGAUUUUUUAAUGUAUUUAAUCAAAAGGUAAGUUCCAUUGAGAAGAAGAGGAUGAACAAAGAGCCAGAUAUCCUGUGGACUACAUUAAUAGCAUCCCAUUUAUGAAGACUGUCUAAUCUAUUGUACACUAAGCCUUCCACAAAGACUUUUAAUCACACCCUGAGAAAAUUCAUGCUGCAGAUUAAAAAUCUACAAUGACCAAAUCUAAACAAUGUAAGGUUUUAGCUACACAAAAGGUGAGUGUCUUCAUUUGAUGAGUCACUCAAGAAAUGAGAGACUUAAAUCCUUGCAGUGCUCUCUCUUCGCAGGGGAAAACAUAUAAAAGGUAGGGACAGUGGAGGAAGGAUGUCAACUGAGGAGGCUUUCUUUUCCAAGGCACCGGCAAACAGUGGGAGAAUAACAGACAUGGGGUUCUCAUCCUCCAUGCUCAUACUAACUUUGUCUUUCUUCUCCCAAGCGUUUUUGCUUUCAGCAUCAAAAUCCAUGAGAACCGUGGAGGACGACAUGCUCCUAAAUCCAUUUGGGCUAGGCAAAGCCCUUCAGAAGGAAGAUAUUGCAGAGAAAUCCGGAGCUGCCCCUUCCCUUGAACAUUAUAAAUCCGAGGAGGGUGGCUUUAUCAAUGAGGAGGAGAGCAGAAAUCCAAAGAACGUAGGCUCCAAACAUAGUUUCUUAAGCCGUGGUCUUCCGUUGAACCUAGCUCUUAAGCAGCUCCCUUAUCUUGCACUGAAGGGAUCACUGGCUUUUCCGGCUGACAAUGGAGUUCAGAAUACUGAAUCAACACAGGAGAGGAGAGAGAUUGGGGAUGAAGAAAACUCAGUUAAAUUUCCAAUAGGAAGGAGAGAUUUUGACAUGCUCAGGUGCAUGCUGGGAAGAGUCUAUCGACCUUGCUGGCAAAUCUGAUACCUGCAGGCCUACAUCAUCUUUUCCUA